UUUUUUCUAAUCUGUCAUUUUACGUCAUUUCCAAAACUUCUCUCAACGCGCACGUGGAAAAACACGAUCGACACACUGGCUGGAUAACACAUUUUUUCUUUUUAUAAAACAAAAGAAAAAUAUCUUAACAAAAUGUCGCGCUUGUACGUUUUGUACGAGCACGCGGCUGGCUAUGCCCUCUUUAGCGUCACCGAAUUUGAGGAAAUCUCCAUGUUCUUACCUCAAGUUGAAUCCUCUGUGACUGACUUUGCACGAUUCAAUGCAAUCGUCAAACUGGUUAGCUUCUCUCCUUUCAAGACGGCCGUUUCUGCUUUGGAGAAUAUCAAUGCCAUUUCUGAAGGCAUCCCACCUCAAGAUCUUUUGGUAUUUCUUGACGAUUUCUUCUCGAAAAUAAAGAAGAAGAAGUGUACUUUGGGUGUGGCUGAUGCCAAGCUGGGAGCUGCCAUCACCGAAGCUAUUCAAGUUCAAAGUAGCCAUUUCGGUGCUGUUCCAGAAAUUCUUCGUGGCAUUCGUUUCCAUUUUCAUCGUUUAGUUAAAGGUUUUACUGACAAAGGAGCUGGCGUUGCUCAACUUGGUUUGGGUCACAGCUAUUCGCGUGCCAAGGUCAAGUUCAAUGUCCAUCGUUCGGACAAUAUGAUCAUUCAGUCAAUUGCACUGCUCGAUCAAUUGGACAAGGAUGUGAAUACAUUCUCUAUGCGAAUCCGUGAAUGGUAUUCGUACCAUUUCCCAGAGUUGGUCAAAAUUGUUCCAGACAAUUAUAUCUUCGCUAAAUCUGCUAAAUUCAUUAAAGACCGUAAAACAUUGACACAAGACAAAUUGGAACAACUCGAGGAAAUUGUAAUGGAUUCCUCGAAAGCUCAGGCUAUAAUUGACGCUGGUAAAAUGUCAAUGGGAAUGGAUAUUUCGGUUGUGGAUUUGAUAAACAUUGAAAUGUUUGCUGAGAGAGUCGUAAAACUCUCGGAAUAUAGAAAGAAACUUUCUGAAUAUCUUCAUAAUAAAAUGAAUAGCGUUGCACCAAACUUGCAGUCUUUGAUUGGUGAUCAAGUUGGAGCCCGUUUAAUCUCGCACGCUGGUUCAUUGACAAAUUUGGCCAAGUAUCCAGCUUCGACAGUACAAAUUCUUGGUGCUGAAAAGGCUCUUUUCAGAGCUUUGAAGACUAGAACUAAUACACCGAAAUAUGGUUUGUUAUAUCAUAGUUCUUUUAUUGGUCGAGCUGGUCUCAAGAACAAGGGACGUAUUUCUCGUUUCUUGGCUAACAAAUGUUCGAUUGCAUCGAGAAUUGAUUGUUUCCUUGAACAACCGACAAGUGUGUUUGGUGAAUCGUUGAAACAACAAGUCGAAGAUAGGCUUAAAUUCUACGAGUCUGGAGAGAUUCCACGUAAGAAUAUUGAAGUGAUGCAAGAAGCUAUUGGUUUGGCUGCUAAAGAAACACCAGCUGAUGUGGGUGCCAAUGGUGAGGGUAAGAAGAAAAAGAAGAAGAAUAAGAAGAGGAAAUUAGAAGACGAAGAAGUUGCUACCAAUGGUAAUGGAGUAGCUGAUGAGACGCAAGAUGCUGAGGCAAUAGAAAAUGGAAAUGGUGAAGCUGAGAAUGGAGAGCCUAAGAAAAAAAAGAAAAAGAAGAAGAAUAAGAAUGCUGACGCUUAAAAAAACUUCACCAUACUGAACUUAUAUACAAAUCCUUUUAUUGUAUUUUUUUUUCUUUUUAGAUUUAAGCUUACUAGACUAUAGUUUUAUAAAAAAAAAAUAAGAGCUUGUUUGGUUAUUGUAGAUGAGGAUGAUUUGAGUAGAUGGUACUCUUUGAAUUUUUAUUUUGUCUAUAUUUUGAACUACUCUUUUAUUAUAACUUUCAAAAAAAAAAAUAUUAAAACCAAUAAAAAUAACUAAACUGUCUUCG